AUCCUUCCUGGUUGUCUGUUGUAGACUGUUGCAAAACAUUCCGUUGCAGAAUGCUUUUUAAAUUUCUAAAACUUCUUACUCAAGUUUGGGCAACAUCUAUACUGCAAAUUUGAAGCCAGGCACAGAUUAAAAUCCUUGUUUUAUAAAGGAAAUGGAGAUUUUUAAGGUGGAAGGUCGCCACUAAAAUGCUGAGAGGAAGGUGAGAGUGUUCUACAGUACACUGGUAUUCCUGUGGAAUGAUUGUUUGUUCCUGCCUCAGUUCACCUGUAGCUAUUUCUUAAUUAUUUUUCCCUGUUGAUUACAUUUCUACAGACAGAAGUUUAAACUGUUUUCUUCCAGCAAAAAGUCUGGCACUAAUAUUGCACCAUUGCUUUGCAAAAAAAUGUUUUAGAGGACAUAUACUAACAGUGUCACUCUGGUUUUAUCCCAGUUUACUUUUAAAUGGUUAAUGAUGUCUGUCUUUGAGUUCACAGUCCUAUUCCAGAAAUACCUGUGGUUUAGCCUGAUCACACUGCCAAAAAAGUCAUACAAAGACAGAUGGGAGCAGAAAAUUUUGCAAUGAAGAAUAUGGAAUGAGAUGAGAUCACAGCAUCAGUCUGUCCUUUGUAGAUCUGGACAAUGAUCACAGAGCCAGAUUGGAUUAGUGAAACCUAUUUACCAGAAGUUCAGAGCAGUUGCAUGAAGCUGAUAGGCAGUCAGUCGAGAGAAGUGGAAAAUGCAUCAGAUUUACAGCUGCAGCGAUGAAAAUUUAGAAGUUUUCACCACUGUGAUUUCAUCCAAAUCAUGCAGUCCAGCCAGAAGGAAAGCCAAAGGCACACAACGCAUUCUAGCAAAGAGCGUGGUAGCAGUGUCUGAAUAUCGACCUCCCAGGAUGGAUGAGUUGCUGCCACGCCAAUGUGAUCUCAUCCAAGUCCUGUACAGGCAGGAUGAGGUGAGGAACUUUGGCUGCCUGCAAAAGAGCCAGCAGCGAUUCUUUUCUGGCAAAUGUGCAGCCAAGCACAUGGGAAGUUCUGAACAAGAGUCAUCCAAGUCCUAUGCUAACCACUCAGAUGGAAAAUUUUCAUUUCCGGCAUCCCCAGUUACCCACAUCAAAACGAAACAGGCUGUAGUCACAGCAUCAGCUACAGAUGACAGUGCUUUUGCAGAAGACUACAGAAGGCACUCAAAGAAGAGCACCGACUAUGACUUAGCCUUGACCCCAGGAGCAGAAGCUUCUUUACCUCUGACAGGCAGCAACUUGUGUAGAACACCUGGCAUCCUGAGAAAAAUGUGGAUGAAGCACAAGAAGAAGCCAGAAUAUCUAGGGGCAACAAACAGUGCCUUUGAAGCAGACUGACAAGCCUCAGCUUUGCUUUUGCAAGAAAUUUAUUUACCAAGGGCAAAACAUGGACACAAUACUUACCAAACAAUAUCUUGGGCCUUUGUCUUACUUGGACAGGAGAAAGGAUAAUAGUGAGGGAAAAGGUGAAUGUGAGCAAAUUCAAUAGUCAGUAUUCGUAUUGCAAUAUUUCUGAUGCCAGUCAAAUUGUAACAGAUUCUACCCUCAAUUCUGUAAUACAGUUAACAUAUUCAUCACAUUUCCUUGCCCUAUCUUAAAUAACUUCGCUUCAUAAUGACAAAAGCCUACAAAGAAGUUUGUCUGUCCCACAAGACCUCAACUUCAGUAUGCCAUUAAAACCCAGUUCUGCUUUCCAUUUUGUACUACUACACUGAACUAUUCUGUCUUCCUCCCUUGUCAUUUUCUCUGAGGUACAAGAGGUAAAAACCAAAUCCCCUGGAGGAUACACUUUGCUCAGUGCAUUGAACCAAUACAUGUUUAUUCUGUUUUGUAUUUGAGACAGGAUUAGAUAAGUGAAAGGAUGCAAAACGAAUGGGUGGGUUGGUCAGAACUGAACCAAAACUUUGGUGCACAACCAGCAAUUGGUUGUUUUAAAAUACCAUGCCCAGAUCACAUCAUGCCAGCAUCUAAAAGUCACUCAGGAGUUAUACUGUUUCAUAGAACCUGCUCAAAUGCUAAAUAUAAAAUUUCAGAGUAAUACUAUUAAUAGCAUUGUGGUACAGAGCAUUUUGCCAAAUGCAUGAGUUACUAAGAGACAAGAUAAGAUGUUGAAACUGUACAACUGGGCUACUAAGUAGGAUUUUAAACUCCUGCAGUGAAGCUUGCUCUUAAAAGCUAAUCACUUUAAUAAGAUUUCAUCAAAAGGAGAAAAAUUGCUGAUUUCAUAUUUCUGGCAGCGUAGGAGCUGCUGAUCAUAUUUCUUCAUCUCCCCCCUGAAAAAAAAA